UUCCGGUAACUUGACGCUACGUGUCUCUCCUGGACUGGUUACAGUAGCUAGCAUUGCCUUGUGUUAAAAGUAUUUCUUCAUCACCACAGAUUACAAGCAGAUAAGUCAGCGUUAGCAUGGAGAAUAUGUACAAGAUUCUGGUGAUAUUCGUAGCUGUAUGCUUUGCAAAGGCACACGAUCCGUUGCCUGAGGAUUUAUCUGAAGAAAUGUACUGUGCUGGUUGCAAAGCCACUGUAAAAGAACUAGGAAGGGCAUUACAGUAUCAUACCUCAGAGAAAAUGGAGAAGAGAGUUAGUGACUUGCUGGGACAGGUGUGUGAUGAGGAACGCUUUCUAAGUUACGAGUACAGCGUUAAAAAGCUUGUCAAAGCUUGUGAACACUUAGUGCAAAACCACCAGGAUGACCUGGUACCACUGUUAAGGGAUUACUAUAGUAAAAAGAGUCGUAAGGGACAUUCCUACCUGCAUAUCGCUCACAUAGUUUGUAACAAGGAGACAUUUGCCUGUGGAGGAGGAGAGGAAGAAGGGGAGGAGGAUCCUAAAAAGGGAAAGGUUAUCUACAAUGAUGACACUGAUGACUUUGACAUCCACUUUGGGGACAAUGUGAAGAUGGUGAAGCCUGUCCGGGAGUUUGAUUCACCAAAGAGAGACGAACUUUAGAAGCUCUCAUCAAUAUGCAAUAAUAAUGUAGUUGUAGACUUGAUGUUAAGUAACCAUAUAAAGCUCACAUUUCAUGUUGUAUAGUGUAUAGACUCAGUGUUCUCCCCAGAAUGUUUUGAAAGAAGCAUGGUAUUUCUAUAUUUUUGUUAAAGCAGCACUCUAUGUAAAAUCAAAGCAGCAUGGUAACUUUAGAUUUACUAUGAAUAUAUAGCAGAGAAGAUCUAGGAUAGCAGCAUGGCAAGAAAUUAUGGUAGCAUGGUGCCAUGUUGCAAAAACAGCCUGGGGAGAACACUGUAUAUAGCCUGCACAGGUGUACAUCAGUCAUGUAUACUAAACAGUCAAUGUCCCAGUUCACAAGUGAUAUUGCAUAAAAAAAUAUUAUGCAAAAAACAACUAUUUACGUCACAUAAAUGCAUAAUGUUUUCUUUGGCAUAAUGUGGAGGAGAAUGGUUCAAAGGGAGGCAACUAGCUAUAUAUAUAUAGUAGACUUGUGUCGUUAAUGUUGUACAUAUACAAAUAUAUCUCCUUUACAUAUCAACGAGACAAAACCAUUGAGUGCAUAUAGUUUUUAUCUGUUUUACCUUGAACAUACCAUAGACAUGCAAAGAAGAAAUUUAGAUCCCAAUUGAAGGGAAUUACUGCAACGAAUUAAGUUUGAAUGUCUUUUGAAUGUUUCUACAGCACUAAAAUAGAUGUGAGGUAUGCAGUAGUUGUUUUAAAAAUAAAACAAACACAUCAUCUCUAGAAAAAAACGCUUUAACCCUUUAACCACUGUGGACCAUGUGGAAUCAUCCCGAUAAAUGUAUGGUAGAGUCUACUAAAGUAACCUCGGGGUGAAAGGGUUAAACAUUAUGAAGAUUUAUUACUGAGAAUUUAUAAAAUUACUAUGUGUUUAUUUUUUUCUAUUGUAAUUUAAUUUUAUUACAAAAUACUUGUACCUUUUUAAUUGAACUAUUUAAUCUCACAGUCACCUUUCCUUCUCAAAUUGAUGAGAAUUUGAAGUGCAUUGAUGUUGUAUACAAUGAACAUUCCAGUUAUACUUACUAUUACGCAGCUUUUAUCUGCCAUUUUGUUACUAUAGAUAGGACCCUGUCUGAAAUUUUAAAACGUCAUAACAAAUGAAAUCCUGGUACUGUGUGCAAUCUUUGUCUGGUAAAUGUUGAUAGUAGGAGAAAACGUUCUGUUGUAAUACUCAUUUUCAUAUAAUCACAGUAUGUGAAUUUUGAAAUUUAAUCUUUGAGAAUUUAAUCAAAUUCUUGUCAUAAUCAAAGUUUAAAAUAAUGUUUUGUUGAUUUUUUAUUCUUCAGCAUCAAACAAAACAGAGUACAUUGUAUUUAAGAAUGUAUGUGAUGUUUUGUGUGAUUACAAUAAUGAGAUCAUUUUUAUAUUGAUUAAAUCUUUUUCUAUUUUUAUACUAAUAUAUACCUUAAUUGUGAUACAAUCUUUAAUCUCUACAAGUUGUAGGUGAACAUGCUGUUAAAUCUACAGACAGAUAUCUGUACUAUUGUGUGUUAUCAUGUGAGAAUAUUAUAAUUUUUUAUUGUUUGCAAUAAAAUAUGUUUGCACAUAUUA